UGUGCGCAGGCGCGCCGGGAGGUGGCCGCGGUGGCGGUGGAGGCUGAGGCCCGGGGAAGUGAAUGGUUUUACCCAGAGGGCCGUGCGCCGCCUUUCUCCGCUGGCCCCGGCGCGCCCGGCAGCUCCUCCCCGGCCAUGGCGUUCACUUUCGCGGCCUUCUGCUAUAUGCUGGCGCUGCUGCUCACCGCCGCGCUCAUCUUCUUCGCCAUCUGGCACAUCAUAGCAUUUGAUGAGCUGAAGACUGAUUACAAGAAUCCUAUAGACCAGUGUAAUACUCUGAAUCCUACAGUUGAAAAGGUCAAAAAGAUAAAAAGAGUCAAAAUUGCACUAAAGCUUGUUCUUCCAGAGUACCUCAUCCAUGCUUUCUUCUGUGUCAUGUUUCUUUGUGCAGCAGAGUGGCUCACACUGGGUCUCAAUAUGCCCCUUUUGGCAUAUCAUAUUUGGAGGUAUAUGAGUAGACCAGUGAUGAGCGGCCCUGGACUCUACGACCCGACGACCAUCAUGAACGCAGACAUUCUGGCCUACUGUCAGAAGGAAGGAUGGUGCAAACUAGCUUUUUACCUUCUAGCCUUUUUUUACUACCUAUACGGCAUGAUCUAUGUUUUGGUGAGCUCAUAGAACAACACAGAAGAAUCGGUCCAGUUAAGUGCAUGCAAAACGCCACUAAUGAAGGGAUUCUAUCAGCAAGGUCCUGUUUCCAAGAGUAGCCUAUGGAAUCUGAUAAGUUACUUUAAAAAAAAAAAUGACUCCUUAUUUUUUAAAUGUUUCCACAUUUUUUGCUUGUGGAAAGACUGUUUUCAUAUGUUAUACUUGGAUAAAGACUUUAAAUGGAAUUACGUAUAAAUUAAUAUAAAAUGAUUACCUCUGGUGUUGACAGGUUGAACUUGCACUCUUAAGGAACAGCCAUAACCCUCCGAGUUAUUGCAUUAAUUACUGACUGCCCUGAGUCCAUUGGGAGCUUUGUUUAGAGGGCUUGAUGGGCUCAAGUAUAAAUUAGCUGUAGAUACGAGGUGCUUCUGGUGAACUGAAAUGUGUAUCUGACUUGUGGGAAACAUGGUAGGUUUCCUUAGUUAUCACUGUAGAUGAUUAUGUAUGGACAGGACAGUAAGAAGAGUGGGGUUUCUUUCCCUGUCGACUUGACUAUUAUCCCUGUACAUUGCAUGAGAGAGGAGUCCCUCAUUUCCACCAGAGUAACACACUUGCUUUGAUUCUUGAGCAUAAGUGAUAGAAACAUAUGCUGAUUACCUGUAAAGAAUGCAUUUAAAGCUAUUUUAAAUGUGUUUUUAUUUGUAAGACAUUAUUUACUAAGAAAUUGGUUAUAUUGUGCUUACUGUUCUAAUCCAGUGGUCAAGGUAUUAAGAAUUUGCAAGUACUUUAGAUUUUCAAAAAUGAAUGAGAGAACUGUGUAACUACCCUGCUGUUCCUUCAGUGCAACACAAUAAAACUCUGAAAUGAA